ACAAUUUGAAGUUCCCGUAUAAGACAAGUCACGUCAGCAAGUAUCUCAUCAUCGCAGCAACAUGGCGGACAACCAUGAAGCGGUUGUGGACGGGAUCCGUGAAACUGACUUGAACGAAGAUAUGAUUUCUGGCGCUAUUGGUACCAGUGCAACCACACGGAUUGAUUUUGAAGAAGAUGAUCCACGACAUUUUCCAGGCAUGGACGAAAUGUUAAAAGUAGCUACCGAUUUACAAGACACGUCAGAACGUACGGUUCAACUGACGGUCGACGAUAAUAGUGAGUCACCCAGAUUAGAAAUGGAAAGUUCCGGGCCUUCUUCAUUGCCCCCAUGGCAGACACCAGCAGAAACUUAUCAAAAUGGUCAUCCUUCGUCUCAAGCUGUCAUUCGACCAGGCACUGCUCAGAAAAUAGAUCACUUAAAGAAAUGGAGUAUUUCAACAUACAAGUAUACUAGGCAGUAUCUUUCUGAGAGAUUUGGUAAAGGCACAAAGACUGUAGAUACCGAACUUGAAGGACAGAUUCUUUUGUUAAAGGAAACCCAAGUUAAGUAUGUCAAUGUUCUAAAACUAGCAAAACAGAUGACAAACCAUUUCCAAAAUAUGGUGCAAAGUCAAAGAAGUCUUGCUGAUGCCUUUGCAGAUUUAGGGAUGAAGUCACCUGAGCUCCAAGAUGAAUUCAACUAUAAUGCUGAAUCUCAGAGAUCACUUGUCAAAAAUGGGGAAGUUCUUCUUGGAGCACUAAAUUUUUUUACAUCAAAUUUGACAACUCUGGUGCAUAAGACCAUGGAAGACUCCAUCAUGACAGUGAAAGCUUAUGAAUCUGCUAGAAUAGAAUAUGAUGCUUACAGGACAGACCUAGAAUCCACCCAAGCUGGACCAAGAACAGCAGGGACAGCUCUAAAAGCUGAAGAGGCAAAGCAACAGUUUGAUGUUCAAAAAGAGAAAUUUGACAGACUACGUGGGGAUUUAGCAAUCAAACUAAGAUUUCUGGAGGAAAACAAGGUGAAGGUGAUGCACAAGCAAUUGUUGCUUUUUCAAAAUGCAAUUAGUGCUUAUUUUGCUGGAAACAAGCAAGCAUUGGAUAACUGUAUAAAGGAAUUCCACAUUAAAAUAAAAAACAAUGAGGGCAAACAGCCAUCUUUCUUGGAACACUGAUGUUGUUGUGGAAACAUUUGUCAUCUGGGACUGUUAAUCAAAGACUCAGUAAGCUGCAGGCGUACUUGAAACUGAAAGGAUGUUUGGAAUUUUUGUUUGGCUAAAUUUUGUUGAUGUAGAAAGAAACAAAACUACAAUAUAAAAUGGAAAGAAGAAUUUUGAUUACUAUGUAGUAUGAAAUGGAAAGAAGAAUUUUUAUUACUAUGUAGUAUGAAAAUUUUUUGAUUUAAAUUUACAGUACUUCCUUGGAUUGUCCUCAGUACACAAAAAUACAUCAAAUUCCAGCAGGAAAAAAUUGCAUCAAUUUGCUCUUCUCAGUUAAACAAGAAAGUUCUCAAGAAAAUAAUUUGUCACUUCAGAUUCAUAAUAUUGAGGGUCAUAUGGAUUCAAAAUAUCAAUGAAUGAAUAAUCUUCUGUAUAGUUGUCUUGUCAGCUAGGCUUUGCAAUCUCCUGCAUGUCAAUCAGAAUGCUGUAAGAAUGAGCUCCCAGAAGACAUUUCAGCUCUCUGGAAUGGCAAAUGUUUGUAAGAAAAAUGCAACGAAUUGCAAAUCCUUCAAAAUAUGACUCUUGAGAAAUUUUAUGCUACUUGGUAAAUAUUGUUUUAUCCUUUCUUCAUGACAGUCAAAUGGUAAGUCAAGCUGAUUAAUCGAGAUUGUAAUUCCAAAGAUAAAGCAAAGUGUUAUUAGUGGUAGGUAGAUUAAAAUUUAACUUGUGGUAUUGUGUUAGAUGGAACCAAAUAAAAGUAUGACUUGAAAGCCAUCUAGAACUGGUGUGACCAGAGUAUCAUUUGAACUAGCUACUGACUCUCAGACCACAAUUGUUUCUUUAGCCUAAGCAGGAGACAAGGAUAUUUGUCCAUGAAAAGUAAAUUCACUUUCAGGCUGACCAAUAAGCACUCAGACUUAGUAAUAAGUGACUAACAACAAUUGUGACAUUCAUUUUAAAGUUAAUACAUAAUUAGGAUAAGCAAGUCUCCUAGAGAUGGCAAUUUCCACUCUCAAACAGUGUGUUACUACUUUUAUAUCUGAUAUUCUUUUCUUUAGUGAUAGGAAGGGUGUAUUCAACUCUACACACUAUUCACUUAAUUUUAUAGCAGCAUGGUAAAAAUCCAUCACUAGCCAUCAACACUGAGGUGAAGAGUUGUUUUUGUAGAUACCAAAACAGUGGGAUAAUAUUGCAAAAUGUUUCUGUAAUUAUUACAACAUUUAGAUGCAAAUCCUGGGCAUGUUGCUUGGAGGUGAAUAACAGAAGAUAUUUGAAGUUUGAGUAGAACCUGAGCAAGCCUGCAAUUUUAUUCACUGUUUUAGUAUAUACUAAAUUAGUGUACUUGCUCAGGUGAUUACAAAGAUGUGCACACUCAGUUGGUCAAGGAUCAUAUGUCUUUUUAUGAUAACCCUGGUGCAAGGUGAUAUUAAUUUUGAAGCACUAAUCUUAAAAUGGAACUUUUGAGAGUAGUUGUUUUUAAUGAAGAAAAAUGUAAAAUGAAAGAAAAAGCAGGUACUCUGAUACUCGUCAUUACUUCUACCAAAAUAAGUAUUAUUCUCAAGCUGACUGAAUACUGUCUAACAGUUGUUAGAUAUUA